UUGCAAUAAAUCCUUGACAUUUCAAUUUCUAUUUCAAAAAUGCAGAUUACGGUAGAUUAAGGAAUUGAUAACAAUUUAGGUCAUUACGAUAAUCGGUAUUAGAUCACAAGUAACAGAUAAGAUGGAUUGGAAGUUAUGUAUAGUUGGUGUGGUAGCACUGUGUAGUCAGCUAACUCUAAUACAAGCCAGAUUAGAUAUUCCUGUCUUUAUUACCAAUGGUUCUUAUUAUGAAGUUGGGUUUAGUGUUGGAAAACAUUUUAAAACAAACAUUCAAGACUUCUAUUCCCUACAAAAACUGAUAGAGACCAAAUAUUUACCAUUUGUUCGAAGUGAAGCUGGACAAAAGAUUUUUGCAGGCUAUCUUUCAACAGUCCGUAAAUCUUACCCUCAAUAUUUAGAAGAAUUGAUAGGAAUUUCUGGUGGAGCUGAGAUUCCAUUUAUAAAGAUAUUUUCUAUGGCUAUACAUAAUGAACUGAACGCUCAUAUUGAUGGAGUGUGGAAAACCGAACAUUGUACUGAUGUUCAUGUUAAUAACCAAAAUCAGGUUGCUAUAGGUCAUAAUGAAGAUGCAGACCCACUUAUAAAAUCUAGAGGGUAUUUUGUCAAUGCUACGAUUAUUGAAGGAGGAAAAAUUCAAGAACAAUUUACAGCAUACACAUAUCCUGGUAAUCUACCAGGCAAUGCGUUUAGUUUUAAUAGUGCUGGUUUAGUUUUUACGUUAAAUGGUCUUUACCCAAAGUAUGUUGGAGAUAUGAAAAUACCUAGGAACUUUGUCAAUAGAGCAUUAUUAGCCCAGACAACACAAGAUGGUGUGGAGAAAGUUCUAUUGAGUGAUGGAAUUGGGAAUGCUUAUGCUUUCAGUUUGAAUUUUGCUGAUACAUCUAAGAAGACAACCUUUAACUAUGAAGUUAGUCCAGUCAAUAAAAGUACAUCAUUAGUUAGUAAAAUUAUUAUAAAUAGUAAAACUACACCUGUACAUGAUACUACUGGUUAUUACUACCAUUUUAACAAAUUUGAGCAUGCAGACACUGUUAAUAUCCCACAGUUUCCUAAAAAUAUUGUCAGUUCCAUUCACCGUCAGAAACGAACUAAACAACUUCCAAUACCUACAGAUAUUACUGGUAUUAAAAAUAUACUGGGGGACACCGGGGAUUCCCUCUAUCCUAUUUAUAGAACACCACGACCUUCAGAUGACACCUCAACAGUUGCUACAGCAAUAUUUGAUAUUACAAGAUGUAAAGUGAAUGUUUAUACAGAUAAUCCAAAAACUAGUAGUGGUCCAGUUUUAAAAUUCACUUUACCAAAAUGUUAAACUUUGCUUUACCCAAAUGUGUAAAAUUCACAUUUUCAUAUUUUGAUUAUUUUUAAUGUGAACUUAAUGAAAAGUAUUUUGUGUUCGUUUGAUGUUUUCGUUGUUAAAUGACAUAGAAGGACAUGUUUAAUUUUAAACGGUUAAAUUUUUAUUGUUGAUUUUUAUUGUUGAUAAUUUUAGGUACAAUUUUUUUGAAGAAUUGGAUAUUCAUUUGAAAUUAUUUUAAUUGAAGAUUUUUGUAAUUUUAAAAAAGUAUUAAAGAUGUUAUAUUUUUUUAGAUGAUUUUUGUUGAAAUGUUAUAUCACUCUUGUUAUGUUUAAGAUUUUACGGAUUGUUUUUCAAUAAAAUUAAAUUUUU